UGGACCUCGUAUGCGAUCAACCAAAAGCCACGCUAAUUACAAUCAAUGUAAAACAGCUGGGUGAUCAUACCACCUUGGUAACGUAGUGUAGAGUGUGCACAUACAGAGAUAAUACAAAAUUUUCACAGCUCAGCUCAUACUACGAAAAAAGAACCUCAACAAAAACAACAACGGAAGCUGGGACCUUCCAGACGACCUAAUCUUCCAGCGAUGGAAACCGUCUACACCAGCAAGCGAAUAUUUGUCAAUAGCGCCAGCCAGCCGGCCGAUGUGUUUCCCGGCGGGAUCGUUCUGUCGGCCAUUGACGGUAAGGUGACACGCGUCCUCAGCUCCCGGGCAGCUGUCGAACGUUACUUCAAGGACAAUGAAGGUGAUUUUAAGCAUUUCGACUUUGGCAAUUUGAUGCUUAUGCCCGGGCUGAUCGAUACGCACGUCCACAUUAACGAACCGGGUCGUACCGAAUGGGAAGGUUUCCACACUGCCACAAAGGCCGCCGCAGCCGGCGGUUUCACCACGAUCUGUGACAUGCCGCUCAACUCGAUACCGCCAACGACCAGUGUGGCCAACCUCCGUACCAAAGUUAACGCAGCCAGGGGAAAGAUUUUUGUGGAUGUCGCGUUCUGGGGCGGGCUGGUGCCAAACAAUCAUCACGAGCUGCGCCGCAUGAUUGAUUCCGGUGUGAUUGGAUUCAAAUGCUUCCUAUGCCCUAGUGGUGUGGAUGAGUUCCCACACGUAUCGGAGGAACAGGUGUAUGCAGCGGCACGAUUGAUCGAGGGCACUGGUGCAGUGUUAGCUUUCCAUGCUGAAGUCGAAUGUCAUCAACAACAAAAGGAAGACCUGUGCAACAUCAACGAUCCGUUCAAGUAUCGCACAUUUCUCCAAUCCCGUCCAGAUAGUAUGGAGCAGCAGGCGAUCGAGCUAGUGGCAAAAGUGGCUCAACAGUUCGACAUUCGGACACACAUCGUACACCUUUCGUCGGCACGAGCACUACCGACAAUACGACAUGCCCGAGCCCUCGGUGGCCGACUCACGGUGGAAACCUGUCAUCACUAUCUUGCACUUGCUGCCGAAGAUGUGCCGGACGCGCAUACGGAGUUCAAGUGCUGCCCACCGAUACGGGAUCGCACAAACCAGGAACAGCUUUGGCGUGCCGUGCAGGACGGCGAGAUCGAUCUCGUGGUGUCGGAUCAUUCGCCUAGCACGCCGCAGAUGAAGCUGCUUACCGAUGGGAAGCAGCGUGGUAACUUCCUCGAAGCUUGGGGCGGUAUCUCAUCCCUCCAGCUAGGGUUACCGCUGUUCUGGACGCACUGUAAGCAGUACGGUCUCACGUUGAAGGAUGCGGUCCGAUUGCUCUGCACCGAACCGGCACGUCUGAGCGGGCUGGACCAGUAUAAGAGCCGGCUCGAGCCUGGUUACGAUGGUGACAUCUGUGUGUGGGAUCCUGAGGGUACGUUUACCGUCACGGAGGAUAUGAUCGAGUUCCAGCAUAAGACGACACCUUAUCUAAACCGUACACUGCACGGCGUGAUACAUGCGACGUUUCUGCGUGGCUCACCAAUCUAUUUCCGAUCGCAUGUGCCGUCAUUUUCUUCGCCUUUGGGCAAUAUUCUCCUUGGUAGCAGAAACGAGAAUACCAACAACAACGAUAAAGAUAAGCCACUGCAUACGUCUUCUGAGGAGGAUGAGUUGGAGGACGAUGUAGAUUUGUGAAAUUCUACAAUACUCAUAAGACAACCUGAAUUCUACUCCACUAUUAGUUCUAACAUAUCUUUAGAUAUCGUAUUACUCAUCAACGAGGUACAACACACAGUGCGUACUAGUGAAUUCGAGUCGUUUCCUAAGUACUGUUUUUAUAGUAAACUUACUACAAGCUGUUGGCGGUAAGCGGGUUGUGACGUGAUCACCGCAUCUCUCGGGACGAGGUCAAUGUGCCACGAAUACGUAGAUUAAUUGAGUGGAAAGUUUCCAAAGCUGUUUGGCAUUCGAACCGAAUUUUGCUUGAUUUUUGGUCGACAGGUCGGAUCCUUUUAGGUGAUAAGCACAGCGCGUUGGAACGAUCAGGUUUAAUCUCGUUUAUAUGAGGAACAUGUUACGAACUGACGUACAAAAAUAAAGUACAAUUA